GAUCUAUUUUCCGAACAUCUCUACCAUCUUUCAUCAUAUAAAUAUCACCGAACCUCGCUUCUCCCAGGUCAGUCGCCGGAAGAGAGAGAAUUCUCUCUCUCUCUCGCUCACGCUCACGCUCACUAGGGUUUUUUUGGCGGGUUUGUGACUUGGGUUUAGGGGAUAGAUGCUGCUUCGAAGCUCAUCGACGCCGAUACCGAACUCAUGGAUCCCUCAAUCGAAGGAAUCGUCUCCGGAGCCCGAGAUAGUUCACCAGUUUCCGAGGACUCGAUCGAUCAGCCUGACGACGUCGUCGCUGGGGUCGUUUGCUUCGUGGGAGGACUUGACGAGAAGGAUGAGUCGAGCAGCCUCGGAGACUGAUCUCAGAGACGUAUCGGCGGUCGCGAAGAAGAAGCCACCGUCUGCCGUGAGGCAUGGCAGGGUCUCGGCGACGUCGGUUGAAGAGAGGGUGCUGAGACUGACUUCGUUGGAUCGGCUGUUGUCGAGCUCUGGGUUGGAAGACGGGUGUGAAGUUGGAGCGAAAGAUCAGGGUUCGGUGAGUGUGUUGGUUGGUGGGGCCGUUGGAGGCGGUGGUGGACAAAUCUGUGGUGGCGGGGGAGGAGGAGGAUCUGGCGGUGGAGAUGACGGGAGUUCUGGGAAUUGGGAUUCGAACCACGGGAACGAUAGUACGGAUGUUUAUUACCGGAAGAUGAUCGAGGCUAACCCAGGGAACGCUCUCCUUCUUGGCAAUUACGCCAGGUUUUUGAAAGAGGUUCGUGGAGAUUUUGUGAAGGCAGAAGAGUACUGCGGAAGAGCAGUUCUGGCGAAUCCAAGUGACGGAAACGUAUUGUCUUUGUACGCUGACCUGAUAUGGCAUAGCCACAAGGAUGCUCGUCGCGCUGAGAAUUACUAUGAUCAAGCCGUUAAAGCUGCUCCUGAUGACUGUUAUGUACUAGCUUCCUAUGCUCGAUUUCUUUGGGAUGCUGAGGAAGUAGAGGAGGAUAAGGCAGAAGAAGUUACAAAAAUAACAUCACCACCUUCCAAUUUCUUUCAGGGAGCUCCUCCACCGCCUCCUGUAGCUGCUGCUUCUUGAGCUUUGUUCUCAGUUUACAUUGCCUCCACAGCCCUCUCACUCAUGCUUUCUUGUAAAUUGUUGAUAUGUCGCUUUUUGGCGUCGGAUUUUCUUCUUUUUUCUUUUGUUAUUAAACUUUGCUGUGCCCUUUCUGGACCUGAACUAGUUGUAAGAGAAUGAAAAUAAAUGAAACGAUGAUGGGUUCUUUUCCUGUAACUGAACUAGUUGUAAGAGAAUGAAAAUAAAUGAAACGAUGAUGGGUUCUUUUCCUGUAA